GUCGCAGACAAACCGUAGUAGAGCCAGACCAGACGAAUAAAGAACGAGAAACGAGAACAAGUAAAAAAUAAAAAAAGUUUUUAAGGAAAAGAAACUAGAUAUUAAAUAUCUUAUAAGUGACAAUAAAAGACAAGAGACAUGUUUGUGUCAAGUGCAGUGUUUAUGCUAACACUAUUUGGAUUUUCACAUGGAAUUCCUCCAGAAUCCUGGCCUAUACCGACCUCAUUUAAUGAUCAUGGAGUACCUCACUUGGAUCUGGAGAGCGUCGACAGCGGUUAUCAUGGACUCGUUAAAGAAAACGAAACUCUAGUUGAAGUAACACCACAAAUACGUGCCCUGGGAGCUAAAAUAUGUUCAUAUCGUAUUGCUAAUAAACAUCACGGAGAUGCGCCUUUCGAGAUUAUUGUUAAAGAAAAAGGAAUAGCUGUAUUACGUGCAUUACGUGUACUAAAUUGCGAAAAACGCCGCAAUUAUAAAUUCGAUAUCGCUGCUGUUGCCUGCAAUGGUGCACAAUCUGAAAAUGCAACCGUUCAUAUAACAGUAAUUGAUGUAAACGAAUAUGCGCCGCAAUUUUUACAACCAGCGUACGUGAGUACAGUAGAUGAGGGUCGUUUGUACGAAGAAGUUGUCCGAGUUGAAGCAUCAGAUCGUGACUGCACACCUAAAUUUGGGGAUGUAUGUAAAUAUGAAAUAUUGACGGCUGAUCAGCCUUUUGUUAUCGACAAUGAAGGAGCAAUUCGCAACACAGAGCCAUUGGACUACGAGCGUUCACACAAUUAUAUCUUGAGUGUCGUUGCUUACGACUGUGGAAUGAAACAAUCAGCGCCAGCAAUGGUUACCGUUAAAGUAAACCGUGUAUGUUCACCUGGAUGGCGCGGAAUUCCUGAACGGGUUGAUUAUGCCGCGGGUACUGGACCACAGCCACUGAUACCUUCAGCACGGCUCGAAUUGUGCGACGCGCCAUGUUUGCUGCGUAAUUUGAGGGCCACACUGACACUGGCUACUGAUCACAUUGGCAAAGGCUGCGAUCGUGAUACUUACGGUGUAAGGAGUCAGCGUAAAUUAUGCGGCGCAUCUCGUGACAGUGUUGAUUUACUUCCCACUCCAGGACCUACUACCCCGUGGACUGCAAGCUUGUCGCGAGAUGAAGGCCGUGAAGCUGAUGAAAUUUUUGAAUUUGACGGAAGCGUUUCUGCGGCCAUUGUUCCUGCUGAUGUUCUUGACCAUGCACUCGCUCAGAAAUUUACUAUUGGAGUAUGGAUUAAACACCGACCUCGUCCACGACAAGACCCACAUGUCAAAGAACAUAUUUUGUGUGCUGCUGAUGAUCAUAAAAUGAACCGUCACCACUAUGCAUUUUUCAUCCGCAACUGUCGUCUGAUUCUCCUCCUACGUCGUGAUUUCUCUGAAGGCGACCCCAACAUCUUCCGGCCAGCGGAGUGGCGUUGGAAACUACCCCAGGUAUGUGAUGACAGAUGGCACCAUUUCGCCGUACAAGUCGACUUUCCACGCGUAUCACUGUUUGUCGAUGGCGAAGAAUGGGCAGCCGAUGAAAAGAACCCCGAGGUAAUAGACGACUGGCCAUUGCAUCCAGCGAAAGGUGUCAAUACAACUCUUGUAGUGGGUGCCUGUUGGCAGGGAACAGAUAACAAAACAAAACAUCAUUUCCGUGGUUAUUUAGCUGGUUUAUCUGUCCUAGUAGGACGUAAUGAAAAAUCACAAGUAUUGACCUGUUUACGUCGUUGCCAAGAGGGUAUACACAUACCGUCUAUGGAAUUAUUACAGCCAGGUACACAAUUACGUACAAAUUCCGACUUAACAGAAGUACGUAUCGACGGUGACAAUCAUACGAACGUUGAAAUACUACUGCGUCGUGUUGGUUAUACAAAUACACGUCGUUUUCCAACACCUGGACGACGUAAUUUCCGUAUUGACACAACAAUAGUAUGCGAAGGCAGUGAAUCACAUCCACUACAAAUACCCUCAGUACAAUCAUAUGUUACAGUAUUACCACCACCACGUCCUGGUAUAACUGUUAAUGGUACUGCGUAUGUUGCACGUGAAUAUGCUGAUUUUCGUUUAGGUGUACGUAUAUUUCCCGACGCUAAAGUAACUGCUGGUACAGCAGCACGUUUAGAUGCAUGUGCUGUCAGUGUUUAUCCGAGUUUAAAUCCUGAUCAUGAAUCACUUGGAUUACCAACCGAUGCACUACAUCAAUUUCAUUCAAUAACAUCGCGAAUUGAUCGUGAUGGUGUCGUAUUAUCCGGUGCAGAUACGCCAUACAAGUAUCAACAAUUAAUACGUUUGAUAACUUAUACUAAUCGUAAACCCGCGUACUAUCUUGAUCGUGUAUUUAAAUUAACGUGCUCGGAAUUGAGCGGUAGAUUUGCUAGCAAUGAGUACGUGCAGACAUUGGCUGUCAUACAUCCUAAAGAAAAACCAACAGCAUCACCAACAGCACAAUCGCCGUCGCACUCAACGCCGGAGAUUCCACCGAUUGUUAAAAUACUUGAGCCAAUACAGGGACACGUUCAGCUGUCACGUCAUCAUGCUGAUACUUCUGAUGAAUAUUCAACGAGUCAAUUACAUGACAGCCAUACAUUAAUUGGCGCCAAUGGUAGCAGUCAUUCAAUAACAAUUAUUGCAGCUAUUUGUAUUGGAUUUUUAAUGCUCCUGGCUGUUAUUGGGUUCAAACGCGUGCGUGGAGCUGCGUCGGCAGCUAAACAACGGUGUGCAGUUGGUGGUGAUGAAUUGACUACCGAAACUGAAAUGGCUUGGGAUGAUUCUGCCCUUGCUAUUACUGUUAAUCCGAUGGAUCGCUUGAAUGAUAAUAAUGAAUCACAUAAUAACGGGAACAGAGACGACGGUGAUGAUGAAUCUGGAUCGUCAGACACUGAUGAUGAUUCAUUUCGCGAUGAUGAUUUAGACACUAGUGAUUGUGAUAAUGAUUGUGACUUAAAUCACGCUAGACAUACCCGUCAUCACAACGCCCCGCAUCAUGAUCUUGAGUGGGAUCAUCGUGAUGUUUAAAAGUAUCUUUAAUAAUCAUUUAUAAAAUCAUCAUAACGGUAUUAAGACGAGUACUCUGUUUUAAAUUUAAAUAUUAAUGAAGCUAUUGCUUCUGUGCCCUUUUCAUUUAUCAGCUCAACAUUUGUACUGAAAAAAAAAAAAAAAAUAAGUGAUU